CCGCCCCGUAAUCCCGACCCCUGGACAGAGCAAAAGGACGCCACAAACUAUAGGGUUAAGUGUCCGCAAGUGGAGGACCGCUUUGAAUACACGCCCACUGAAGACAUCAUUGAAAGCGAGGACUGUCUGUAUCUCAACAUAUAUACCCCCCCAAACCAAUUUCAAGCUAACCUCCCGGUGCUCGUAUACUUUCACGGAGGCGAGUUUAAGUAUGGUGGUAAAGACUUUUUUAAGCCCGAUAUUAUAUUGGAGGCCGCCAUGGUAGAUAGUCCCGGUGUCAUAAUCAUUACUGUUAACUAUAGACUCGGAGUUUUAGGUUUUAUUAGUACGGAUGACAUUAAUAUACCCGGAAAUAACGGCAUCCGAGAUCAGGUACAGGCGCUCCGAUGGAUCAGUGAGAAUAUCGGCGCUUUUAACGGCAACUCCCAGAACGUGACGAUCAUGGGUCACGACGCCGGUGCCAUAUCCGUGUCCAUGCAUGUGCUCAACCAGGAUGCCUGGCCCUACUUUCAAUCGGCCAUAUCGAUCGGUGGGACGGUGUUCACUCCCUGGGCGUUCAAAGACAACCCCAAAGACCAGGCCAUGAACUUCGCCUCAUUCUUCGGGUGCGACGUCCGGUCGGACCAUAUGCUGGAGUGCCUCAGAAAUAUAGACAGGAAUGCAAUGAUGGGUAAAUCGCGGGACAGGGACUACGACCGCAACGUUCAGCCCUAUUGGUUCAGACCAGUGGUCGACCGAAACCUCACCCAAUCAGCCAUAUUGAAGGACUGGCCGCUCCAGUUGUACCAAAACAACCGAUUCAAGCAGUGCUCGUAUAUGAUUGGCUUCACCAGAGAUGAGGGUUCACUCGAGUACUACCUUCAGAAGGAACGGGCGGACAGUCGACAGACUAAUGAGGAAAAGAUAGCUUUCCUUAUCAGGCCUUUCCUUAAGGAGUGGGCCUCAGAGGACAUCAUCGCGUCGGCCAUUAAUUACCAGUACUUUAGCCGUAAUUUCAGUCGUACGGCCACUAAUACACAGUUUGCUAACGCAUUGCAAAAUACCCGCAAUAAUGGACCCCUGAAUGCUAUUAGGAAUAACCUACCUUACCAAAAUACAGGGUUAAAUAGUUACCAGAAUAAUUAUCAGAAUGGCGGAAUUGAGUACCAGAAUGAUAAGACUUUGGUUGAGCUUUUGGGAGACUUUCUAUACAUCGCGCCGUCCGACUACGUGGCGCGCCUACACUCCCAGGGAGGCGGUAAGGUCUGGCUGUAUGCCUUUGAAUACGAGGGCACUCGUAGUUUCGGACCCAUACAGAAAAACGCACAGCACAUCUCCAAACAAACUUACGGUGUGUCCCAUAUGGACGACCUAUUCUACGCCUGGAUCACCGAAUACAUACGCGACAGCCCGGCCGCCGAGAGAUCCCUGUCCAACACAUACGCCAAACAAUUCUACGUAUUCACCCGAUUGGGACAAAUACCAUCCGGGUAUAUGAGU